AGUUAUGAACUUAUGACGUCAUAAUUGUAGACGAAACAUGGCGCCUAGCGCAAGUUAUGUGAAAGAGCAAUUUUACCUCGUCGUAGGGCAAAGUAGCGUCGUUGUUAAAUUUAUUUGUGUUGCUGUGACAAUAGGUUAUUCCCUAUCAUUCAGUGAAUCCGCUGUCAACGUCUUAAGGUACGUUAGUAAACUAGAAAACGAACGAUAAUAAGGAAAUUCUUGUUAUAUUGUUUAUUUACAUGAUGUCAGAGGUUGUACAUCGAAUGAUUAAGAAAAGUAUAAGUAAAAGAUAAUUAUAUAAUUUGCAUAUAAUAUUUUCUGGUGUAGAUUUUAGGGGGAAGGAACAAGAGUGUUGUGUUGAAAAAAUUAAUAUUUAUGUUUUAUGUGUCUUAGCGUAACCGCUGGACGGAUAAUACCUCCAAAUUUCUGGAUAUGGACAUUUUUAACGCAUAGUUUAAUAGAACGACAUAUUUGGAAUUUAAUUGUCGAUAUAGCUGUAAUUUUUCUCUGUGGGAAGCUUUUGGAACCGUUAUGGGGUGCUUUAGAAAUGCUCAUCUUCUACAACGUUGUAACAAUAGGAGUUGCAAUCAACACAACAUUUUUCUAUAUGUUUAUCUAUCUCAUAACGAAAAAUGAGACUUAUUUAUUUGGCACUCAUAUUCAUGGAAUGGCCGGUUAUCUGGCUGGCUUUGCAGUUGCCUCAAAGCAAGUAAUGCCUGAUCAUGUUCUAGUCAACUCACCAUUUGGAAAAUUGCGAAAUAAACAUGUUCCCAUGUUACUCUUUUAUACAUUUAUACCUAUUAGGCUGUUAGGCGGAGUAGAUGGUCCUUUUCCAAUUAUGUUCGGUUUUGGUAUAAUUGUUAGUUGGAUUUAUUUAAGAUUUUAUCAAAAACAUUCCAAUGGUAAUCGAGGAGAUUACGCCGAGAGUUUUUCAUUUGCUAGUUUCUUUCCUACUGCGCUUCAACCAGUAGUUUCGGUUAUCAGCAAUAGCGUAUUCAACGUUUUUGUAAAGUUAAGAAUCUGCAAGAAACCCCAGAGGAAAUAUGACGUUAGCAAUCCAACUACCAUUACUGUGACACUUCCAGGAAACGAUCCGGAUGCUGAGCGACGAAGGCAAGUAGCUCUAAAAGCGUUGAAUGAACGCUUAAAUAAAUCCGAACAACCAUCGGAUGCUCCGUCCUGGCCUGCAAUGGAUGACGAGGGUACCGAAGAAUCUGGAUCAGUGCCUAACGAUUCAUCCCCGACUUCAAAAGUAGAAGGUAAAGAAAAUACAUCUUCCAGUUGAAGGGUGAUAGCUCUCUGAUGUUUUUUUAAGAAAUGAAAACUGCAAAAAAAAAACAAAACAAAACUAACAAAAAAAAAGAAAAUUUGACAUAAAUAUAUUCCUUAAAUUUGUAUAUAUCUAUAUAUAUAUAUUUAUAUAUCUCUCUCUCUUUCCAUCUCUCUCUCUCUCUAUAUAUAUAUAUAUAUAGAUAUAUAUAUAUAUAUAUAUAUAU